CUACCUUUGUGCACAUUUUCCCAAGAGUCACUCCAGUUUUUUCUUGACCAGAGGCUGAAACGUUGACCACAGCUGACCAGUCAUGUCUGACCAGUCCCAGUACGUCCUGCCCACGGACUCGCCCGUCGCACUGCUGGACUGUAAGGCGGCGUUCGGCCUGCUGACUGACCGAGAGAAGCAGUACGCUCACUACCUGUCGCAGGCAUCCUGGUAUGGCGGGCUGAUAGUCUUGCUCCAGACGUCUCCGGAGUCGCCAGGAAUCUUUGUGCUGCUACAGAAGAUGUUUCAGACUCAGUCUCCCAAAGACCUGCAACAGGCCGCAACAUCUGCACCUGAUGGACCUUCUGAGGAGGAAUUCCAGGCCUUGAUGGUGUACGCAGCUGGUUUCUACUCCAACAUGGGCAACUACAAGUCAUUUGGGGACACCAAGUUCAUCCCUGGGUUACCAGUGGAGAAGUUUAAGGCUGCAGUGUGGUCCAGUGCAGCCUACACGGCAGAUCCAUCAGGCAUUGAAACACUGUGGACGGCCGUGUCAGGACCCAUGUACUCUCUCACAAACAAGGAGAAACAGCUCGGGCUCGGAGACAAGGGUACUACCACCUACUUCUCCAGUAACUGUGACCUGAAAGAUGCAGAAAUCGCACAGAAAUUCCUUGAUGAGAAGAAAAUCAGCCCAUACAACACCAGGUUGUUUAAAACCAAAGAAGGAUAUGAAGUACGUCUGGCCUCAUCUGCCACAUCAGCGUCUCCAGUCGAGGGCAUGAAGGAUGAUGUGCAGUUCCUCUCAGGACAGAUAGAUGGCGCUAACUUCACUGUCAAGAGGGGCGACUAUGCACCACUCAUGGAGAAAGUGGUGCACAACCUGAAAUUGGCCAAGAGCUAUGCAGCGAACCCCAGCGAAGAGAAAAUGUUAACAGAAUAUGCAAGGAGCUUCACCAUUGGCUCGAUAGACGCUCACAAGGACGGGUCGCGCCAUUGGAUCCAGGACAAGGGACCAAUAGUGGAGAGCUACAUUGGCUUCAUCGAGAGUUACCGCGACCCGUUUGGCGUGCGCGGGGAGUUCGAGGGGUUCGUUGCCAUGGUGAAUAAGCAGAUGAGCGCCAAGUUCGCGUCGCUGGUGGGCGCGGCCGAGGAGCUCCUCCCCCUGCUCCCCUGGCCUCAGGAGUACGAGAAGGACAGGUUCCUCCGGCCAGACUUCACCUCCUUAGACAUCCUGACGUUUGGAGGUAGCGGCAUCCCAGCAGGCAUCAACAUACCCAACUAUGAUGACAUCCGCCAGAGCGAGGGAUUCAAGAACGUGUCCCUGGGGAAUGUGCUGAACGCAGCGUACACCUCAGAUUCUCCCGACAAGAUUACAUUCCUCGGACCAAACGAUAGGGAAAUGUUCAUGAAAUACAAGGUGCCAUCGUUUGAGGUACAGGUUGGUCUACACGAACUGCUGGGACACGGGAGCGGGAAGCUGUUCAAGAAGGAAGCUGACGGCACAUUUAACUUUGACGCUGAGAACGUCAAACACACAGAGACUGGGGAAAAGAUCAGUAGCUGGUACGUGGCCGGUGAGACCUGGGACUCCAAGUUCUCUGUCAUCGCCUCCUCCUAUGAGGAGUGUCGUGCAGAAUGUGUGGGCAUCUACCUCAGCCCUAACCCACAGGUCCUUAAGAUUUUUGGCCAUGAAGGCCAGGAGGCAGAGGACAUUAUGUACAUCAACUGGCUGAACAUGGUGCGCGCAGGUGUGCUGGCACUGGAGUUCUACACACCACAAACAACAUCAUGGAGACAGGCUCACAUGUGGGCAAGGUUUGUGAUUCUCCAAGUCCUGUUGGAAGUAGGGGAAGACUUUGUGACGGUCACUCAGACCCAGGGGCAGGAUGGGAAGCCUGACAUUAUGAUCACCAUGGACCGGGGUAAGGUCCUCACAGUCGGGAAGCCAGCCAUCGGUGCCUUUCUGCGCAAGCUUCAGGUCUACAAGUCCACUGCCGACUACCCCUCUGGUAAGGCGCUGUAUGACAAGUACUCUGCAGUUAGUGAGGAGGGAACCCACAAGUGGCUGACUCUCAGGGACAUCGUCCUGGCUCGUAAACAACCAAGGAGGAUGUUAGUCCAGGUCAACACAACUGUGAAGGACAACAAGGUUGAGAUGCAGGAAUACGAGGCUACCACAGCAGGCCUGGUGCAGUCCUUUGCUGACCGUUUCCCAAAGGAGGCAGGAGUGGAGCAGAUUGUGGCAGAGUUAUGGGAGAAAGACAGGCCCUACUUUAGCUAGAGUCCAGUUUGAAACCAAGUUAGGCCAAUUUGUUGAUUUGAUUAUAUAUGGGAUCAGGGUUGUAGCCAGCACCUGUCUUUCCGUCCUUUAACGGAAUUUUGCAGCUGGGGACGGGGAAAAAAUUGCCCAUUCCGUCCUCUGUGACGGACAAAAAUCAUCAUAAAGAUAAAGAUAAUUAUAUAAAACUGUCUCCCUUGUGUAAUUUUUCACCAAAACAGAUUCCAUUGAACAGCUUAGUCUACCAGCAAAAUUUGCACCUCAAAAAUGCAGGAAAUAGUAUUUCAGAGGCUGAGAGGGUCUAGAUUUUAAAAUUUUCCGGGGGUGCAUGACCCAAAACCACCCAAAGACAUCUAGGACGCUCGAUACGAUUCAAAAUCAAGGAGACGGACAAUGAUUUCAGGCUGGCUACAACCCUGUAUGGGAUCAUAUGGAACUGAUGUAAGGAAAGAAAAUUGGCAAAAAAAGGCAGCAGCCCUCAGUAAGAAAUCUAUGUAGUCAGGAAGGUUUACCAAAUGAAUAAACACACUAUGAGUAU